AGUAUGAACAUUUGGCAAAACAUAUUUCUAUGGAAUAUACUUUUUAUCAAAGAUAAUGACUCAGACCUUCUAUGCAAUGGAGCUCUGUUUAUACAAAGUUUACAUACUUCUGCUCUUCUCUGCAAAACCCAGAGGAAGUGGCGCAAUGCUCCCAAAAACUCUGUUUUAGAUCAAGUGCAUUAGUCAUAAAAACUAAAUUUGAUCAGACAACCCCUAGCUCUCAUUAUUAUCUGUGUUCAUUGCAGCUUCUUAUCAACUGAGUAAUACAAUCUUUUGCCUAUUUUUUGUAUAGCAGUGGUGUGUCAUGAACAGGAACACUUCACUUCUUUUAAGGACAGGGAUGGUAACCAUCGGUACCCUACACCUGUAUCCUGCAUCACCCAGUGUGAAUAGGACAUUAGAUGAUGAACUACAUACUGAAGCACAAUAUGACUAUUAUGGCUACUAUGAAAGUAUGGAUCCAUCUGCGUUCUCUCCCUGUGAUUAUGGAAAUCAUGCAACAAGCAUCCUCCCCAUGUUAUACUCCCUGUUUUUCGUGGUGGGUUUUCUGGGUAACAUGCUGGUGGUCUGGGUGCUCUUGAUGGGUGUGAAGAUGAGAAGCACGACAGACAUCUGUCUCCUGAACCUGGCUUUAGCUGACCUGCUGCUGGUCUCCUCCCUCCCUUUCCUGGCACAUUAUGCAAGAGACCAAUGGAUCUUUGGAGGGUUCAUGUGCACUAUGAUCCUCAGCGCCUACCACAUUGGAUUCUACAGUGGGAUUUUCUUCAUUGUACUCAUGAGUGUUGAUAGAUACUUAGCUGUAGUUCAUGCUGUGUUUGCUUUGAGAGUAAGAACCAGAACAUAUGGGAUCUUAGCCAGUGUGGUCAUCUGGAUCAUUGCUGUUUCAGCAUCCUUUCCAGAGCUGAUGUACCUGAAAAUCAGUUAUUACAAUAAAACAGAAAAACACUGUACAGCUUAUCCCACAGAUGAUACAAAUUCUAACCAUUCUUCAAAGACUUUGGGUAUCUAUAAGAUGAACAUUUUAGGCUUAAUUAUCCCACUCAUUGUAAUUGGAUUUUGUUACUCAAUGAUUCUGAACAGACUCCUAACAAAUCGCUCUUCCAGGAAGCCGGCCAUUCGCCUUGUGAUUUUGGUAACAGUAGUGUUUUUCAGUUGUUACACUCCGUACAAUGUUGCAGCUUUUGUGAAAGCCUUAGAGCUUAAAGAACUCAUAGGGCACUCAUGUGAAAACAGCAAGAGAAUCACUCUUAGUCUGCAGUUUACAGAGGCUGUGGCUUACUCACACAGCUGUCUGAAUCCCAUUCUCUAUGUGUUUGUGAUUGAGAAGUUUAGAAGGCAUCUGUUCAGACUUCUGUACAAGACACCCUGCAGCAGACUACAGUUCAUGAAGAGUUACUUUGCACAGGCCACAGGAUCUGUUUAUUCACAGACCACAAGUGUGGAGGAAAAAGCUACAACAGCAGUGUGAUUUUAAUAAAUUGGUAAUCAGUAAUUUUGGAUCUCCCAGUAUUGUUGCAGGGAAGAUUUUACAUGUUGGGGAACUCUUUUGAAAAUAAAUAAAUAAAUAAAUAAAUAAUAAUAAUAAUUAAAAAACAACCAUACAGAAGUACCAGUGUUACAGCAUCACCCAUGAGCAACCAUUUUCAUUUGUGUUGGCACUGUAGAAAUGUACUAUUCGCUGUCAGCCAUAAUAAAUAUUUUCCUAGAAUGAAAGCAUCCAAUUACAGUGGGUUAUUGAGAUAAAUAAAAAUCAAAUGAAUAAAGUCAUUUUCAGCUGGUCAUAUGAUCUCCACAACAUGUUGACACUCAUGACUGUCCA